CCGCAAUCGGAUGGGUUGGUCAGGGGACGCAGCUCUUGCCGUGCUGCUUCCAUGAUGCCCCCAUCUUUAGCAUCUCAUGAACGUGUCGAUUCAGCUAAUCUCAAGUGGGGAGAGUACACCACCAACACCGCCGCUUCCUCGCCAACGACGUCUGACGAAAGACCGCUGGAGUGCGCUUAGCUUUGGACGUGUGAUGAGACGACCGAACCCCAACAGCGAGUUUAUGAGCGCUGUCAUGCGACCUUGCAACAGCAGAUGACUUAUCCUCCAUGGAGCAAACGUCGCGGUCGCCUUCGCUUUAAAUCAUGCACGUCAACGCAAGCAGUUGGAGUUGCCGUGGUCUGGUCACCACCGCCUCGAUUCAUGAACGGCGAGGGAAUGCGAUAUCUGGCAUGAUGGUUUCCUCAGCAGAAGCUUCGGUCGAUCGUGUCACCUGGCUUUCUGCCCUCCUCCACUUUUCUUAUGACAGCGCGUCCAACUCAUUGAGCGGCAACAUGGACGGGCGCUUCGCUCAAGGGACGACUCAAUCACGUCCACUUCCUCAACUUGUCGCCUCUGCUAUGUGGACCCAGAUCAUCGGCAUGUUCAUGAUGAAAGCAGCGCAUGGCGCCUUGGCAGUGGGAAGAGAUCUUCCGCGUUCCGUCCGUCGAGCCGCGUCGAAUGGCGGAUGAACCAGCGGAAUCUCCUGGGCAAGUUCUCGGUCUCAUCAUGGCCAUGAUUGGCUAAAAUGCUGCGGCGUCAGCGAAUAAGAUGCAGUUUUGGCCGAUGAAUAACGUAGGUCUAUGUAACUGCCUGCCAAGAAAAGAUUGAGCGGACGCAGUCGGAAUCAUGCGCGCCAACGCGGACAACCGAACGAGAGGCGAUGCAAGCACCGAGAAAGCGAUCUCUGUCGGUGCCACGGCCUUGUUUGUCAAGCAAGCAGCGCCCAACGAGGCGCCGUUCACAGUGUACGUCCUCGUCGUAAACUCGGCACCAACGAAUACAUGGUGGAUGCUUCGGAAACGGUUCUCCGAGUUCCAUGCAUUUCGGUCGGAACUUGUGGCGCUGCACAAGUACUCGCGGCGAGCGACGCAGCUCCAACACCUCCAUCGAGUCCUCGCACCCAUCGCAGCCAUGUCAUUCCCUACCAAGAGCCUCUUCGUUGAUUCAGAACGUACCAAACGUCGUCGUCAAGCCGCGUUGAAGGAGUUUACGAUCCAACUGGCGACGUUGCGACUAGCUUGCGUGUCGGACGCAAUCCCCUCCGUACAGCUCAAGUACCUCACCAAACGCCUCGACACGUUUUUGCAAGUGCCUGCAAGUCAUAUCCCCAGCACACACAACCGACGGAGGAUCGCGCUCGACAGAACUCCGUCGCGCUCGUCCAGUGACACCUGCGUUGUUUGUUUGGAACCGCAAACCCACCAAGAGGCUGUCCACUUGCAUUGCGGCCAUAGCUUCCACAACGAUUGCCUCUUUCGAUGGCUUGUCGACAACCUUUCAUGUCCGUUGUGUAGGCAAUACGCCAACCACGGCGUCCUCAUCCCGCCACGCGGACUAUUCACCUAACAAGGCAUGCGCGCGCGUACAGGACCCCAUAUCGCUGCACUCACACGAGCCAGUCUUCAUACGGUGCUCCCGCAGGCGCCCGUCGUCGACCCUCGGAUGUCACAUGGCCCUCUUUAGUCUAUGUACCGGCAGUUCUAAGUGGCAUACUCCGCUAUUGAUUGGUGUCGUCGAAUCCAUAUCUGCCGUGUCCUGCAGCACGA